AUGGACGAGAUUAUCAAAGAAAUUAACACCCCCGCAAAAGCCACAGACGCUGUGAGUUCUUUUCGAGCAAACAAUCCAGAUGGAAAGUCGGAGCUAGAAUACAAAGAAAUUUCCGCAAAAGUCGCGAUGCAGCUGUGGCACCGCGCACGCAGCCAUAGUAAUCGGGUGACAUCGGCUAAUAUUAGUGAAGAUCACAAAACGUUAGAAUUGAGAAACGAAAUUCCUUAUCGAUUGAAGAAAAUUAUCUUACCCGCACUGCAAGAAAAGUUCAGGCUGCUACUCACCACUUUCGACCUAAUGGAACCAGCAGAAAGCAACCCUAAAUCGUGGUACGAAGCGUUCUUGAACAACUGCAUAGAGAUCGACGACUUGUUGGAACAAAUGGCUUUAUCAAUAUUAUCGGUUUGGACCACAAACGACACGGGGCAGGGAUUUCUAGAAGAUAACCCACAUGUGGAGCAUGUGACUCGACUCAGAGCUGAAAAAACUGAAGAUCUCGUUGCAUACAUGAUGACCGCAUGCCACGACUUUUUCUCUGGUUCCUAUCAGCACCAACGAUGGGGCCGCGUCCCUUCACCUUCCCAAUACAUCACUGCAGCCAUCACCAGACGAAUUCCUCGAAUCAUUGACCGCAUUGCUCAAAUAAUUCAAUGGCUUCAAAAAUCUCUAUUGAGUGUGUCGCGGGAAGACUGGAAAAUAGCGAUUGAGGAAUGCGAUGACUUGUUGAGCCUGUUGGCACAGCCAAUCCGCUUCAAGGCUGACAGAUAUUAUGACUCCGACGGGGAACCCGAUGAUAGCAGAACAAUCACAAAUAAUACUAAAGGAAACUUUGCUCGAGCCGCCGUUCAUCUAAUGAUAAUCUCUCGGAUAUAUUUCAAUAAGCUUUCUCGAUCAACCAACAUAUCAGGUACGCGGUUACACGUUGGCCAACUCGACGUCGAGGAGCAGUGGAUGAUGUGGUCAAUCUUAUGCGAGGCUUUAUGGAUUGUUCAGCGAUCUUGGAAACCUAUUGGGACUCAUUGCUGA